AUGGACAAUCCCUAUAAUAACCCAUGGUAAAAACAUAUGUGAAUAUUUACUUAUCUGUGACGCCGAACGGCCGAAUAGCGUCGUCCUUCUUUUCCCGCCAUAAUUAACGUCAUUCAAUUCGUUGGUCAAUGUCGAUUCUGGACAAAGGACUUUCAAAAAAGGAAUAAAUACUUUAAUCUCUCGUCUUGUCGUGAUAAUUGAACGUUGAUAGAAACAUCUUCAAUAUCUUUUGUGGAAAUUCGCGAUAUCCUAAGCAGUACUCAGCACGUUAUUGUUUUUUAAUACAAUUUUGAUAAAGUCAUCAUGGUUGGCAAGUUGAAUAAACUGUUUGUGCUGAAAAGAGGUGGAAGAAUGGAAGAGGUUCAUAUUGACAAGAUAACAUCAAGGAUUAAGAAAUUAUGCUAUGGGUUAAAUAUGGACUUUGUAGAUCCAGUAUCUAUAACAUUAAAAGUUAUAAGUGGUAUAUACUCUGGGGUUACAACAGUGGAGCUUGAUAACUUAGCAGCUGAAACAGCAGCCACCAUGACUACUGAUCAUCCAGAUUAUGCUAUACUUGCUGCCCGUCUGGUCAUCUCCAAUCUACACAAAGAAACCAAAAAACAUUUUUCAGAUGUGAUGACUGAUCUAUACAACAUUGUUAAUCCUCAUACCAAAAAGAGAACACCAAUGAUAUCAGAUUUUCAUUACAACAUCAUUGUAAAAAAUAAGGAGAAGCUGGACUCUGCCAUAGUCUAUGACAGGGAUUUUAAAUACAACUAUUUUGGAUUCAAGACUUUAGAAAGGUCUUAUUUGUUGAAAAUUAAUAACAAGGUAGCAGAAAGGCCACAGCACAUGCUUAUGCGGGUUUCCAUUGGUAUACAUGGUGAAGAUAUAGAGGCCGCUAUAAAUACCUAUAAUCUACUGUCAGAAAAAUAUUUUACUCAUGCAAGUCCAACUCUGUUCUCAGCAGCUACUCCUCGCCCACAAUUAUCUUCCUGUUUCCUGAUAGCUAUGAAGGAUGAUAGCAUUGAAGGAAUUUAUGAUACACUGAAGCAAUGUGCCUUGAUUUCUAAAUCUGCAGGUGGUAUAGGCCUUCAUGUUCAUUGCAUUAGAUCCAAAGGAACUUACAUAGCUGGCACAAAUGGAGUGUCCAAUGGCCUUGUACCCAUGUUGAGGGUUUACAACAACACAGCCCGUUAUGUUGAUCAAGGUGGAAACAAGCGCCCUGGUGCUUUUGCAAUUUACUUGGAACCAUGGCAUGCUGACAUAUUUGAAUUCUUAGACUUAAAGAAAAACACUGGCAAAGAGGAAGUCCGUGCCAGAGAAUUGUUUUAUGCUCUGUGGAUUCCUGAUUUAUUCAUGAGGAGAGUUGAGAGUAAUCAAGAUUGGAGUAUCAUGUGCCCACAUGAAUGUCCUGGCCUAGCUGAUUGCUGGGGUGAAGAAUUUGAUACUUUGUAUGAGAAGUAUGAAAAGGAAGGGCGUUUUGUAAAACAAGUAAGAGCUCAAGUUUUAUGGAAAGCAAUUAUUGAAGCACAGGUAGAAACUGGUACUCCAUACAUGCUUUACAAAGAUUCAUGCAACCGAAAAAGUAACCAAAAGAAUUUGGGUACUAUUAAAUGCAGUAAUCUUUGCACUGAAAUCGUUGAAUAUACUUCAGCUGAUGAAAUUGCUGUGUGCAAUCUGGCUUCUAUUGCACUAAAUAUGUUUGUUAAUGAAGAUAAAUCAUACAAUUUUAUUAAAUUGAAAGAAGUUGCGAAAAUAAUAACACAAAAUUUAAAUAAAAUAAUUGAUGUAAAUUAUUAUCCUGUGCCAGAGGCGAGAAAUUCAAACAUGAGACACAGACCUAUCGGUAUUGGAGUCCAAGGGUUGGCAGAUGCUUUUGUAUUAAUGAGAUUACCAUACGAAAGUGAAGCAGCAAUAAAAUUAAAUCAACAGAUAUUUGAGACAAUUUAUUAUGGAGCACUGGAAGCUAGUUGUGAGUUAGCUGAGAAAAAUGGAGCUUAUGAAACCUAUGAAGGCAGCCCAGCAAGCCAAGGUGUCCUACAGUAUGACAUGUGGAAUAAAGUACCCACAGAUUUAUGGGACUGGGCAUCACUCAAAGAAAAAAUAGCAAAGCAUGGUCUUAGAAAUUCACUUCUGUUAGCCCCAAUGCCAACUGCAUCAACUGCACAAAUUUUAGGUAAUAAUGAGUCAUUUGAACCAUUCACAUCAAACAUUUACCAAAGACGUGUUUUGUCUGGUGAGUUCCAAGUAGUAAAUCAUCAUCUCUUACGAGAUUUAACUGAUGCAGAUUUAUGGGAUGAGGAAAUGAAGAAUCUCAUUAUCCAUAACAAUGGAUCUAUUCAAAAUAUUGAGGCCAUACCUAAGGACAUUAGAGACUUGUAUAAAACUGUUUGGGAGAUUUCUGUAAAAACAACAAUUCAAAUGGCAGCCGACAGAGGAGCAUUUAUUGAUCAAAGUCAAUCAUUCAAUAUUCAUGUUGCUGAACCAAAUUAUGGUAAAUUGACAUCAAUUCAUUUUUAUGCAUGGAAAAUGGGCUUGAAAACUGGAAUGUAUUAUUUAAGGACAAAACCUGCAGCCAAUGCUAUACAGUUUACUGUUGACAAAUCGAAAGUUAAGAAUAAAGCCAUGAAUGGUAAAACGGAAGUCGAUGAUGCUAAUAUGGCGGCCAUUACUUGUUCUCUACAGAACAGAGAUGAGUGUAUGAGCUGCGGUUCGUAAUGAGUGUAUUUGUAUUAUGUUAAAAAUGGCUUAUUUUUUUACUUAUAUCUAUGCACAAGUGACCUUAUCGUAAUAAUGCUAAGCUUGAUAUAUAUUAUGUUACGAAUAAAAAUAUUUUAAUGUAUAGUGAAUAAGUAAUGUAGUUAUGAGAAUUCGAUUAGUUGUAUUAAACACAACAAAACUAGUUUGUAGCUAUUGCAAACUAUGUGAUCAGUAAUGCAAAAUCAUCAACAAUACCAAAA